CAUCAACCACUGUCCACUGAGUAUCGGACGCACUCCGAAUUACUCCAGCUACACAUCAUACCAGAACUCUCUCCUUCGAUUUAACGUCAAGAUGGUUCUCGCUGUUCCCACCGCCAGCCUCGAGGGCAAGGUUGCACUGGUGACCGGAGCAGGCCGCGGCAUCGGCAGGGGCGUGGCCCUCGAGCUCGCCCGCCGCGGUGCCUCAGUGGUCGUCAAUUACGUUUCGUCCGCCGGCCCUGCGCAGGAGGUGGUCAAGGAAAUCGAAUCCUACAAGAACGGCGCCGGCGCCAUCGCAAUCCAAGCCGACGUUUCCAAGGUGUCCGAAAUCAACCGGCUCUUCGCUGAGGCCAAGCAAGCUUUUGGCCGGCUCGACAUCGUCAUGUCCAACAGUGGCACCGAGUCAUGGGACAAGACAGAGGAGGUGACCGAGGAGAAGUACGACCACGUUUUCAACCUCAACGCGCGCGCCCAGUUCUUUGUCGGUCAGGCCGCCUUUAAGAACCUGGAGCAGAACGGCCGGCUCAUCCUCAUGACGAGCAUUGCGGCCGGACUGAUGGGCGUCAAGAACCACGCGCUGUACAACGCUAGCAAGAUGGCGGUGAUCGGUAUGGUCAAGGCUUUUGCUACCGACUUUGGCGUGAAGGGAAUCACCGUCAAUGGUGUGGCGCCUGGUGGCAUCAAGAGCGACAUGUUCACGCAGAACGCCUGGCACUACAUCCCCGGAGGCACCCCCGACAUUCCGGCCGAGAAAAUUGAGCAGCUGAUGGCGGAGCACUGCCCGCUUGGCCGCUGCGCCGUGCCUGAAGAUGUGGCUCGUGUGGUCGCCUUUCUGGCGAGUGAGGAUGGUGGUUGGGUCAAUGGACAGGUGAUCACUAUCUCGGGCGGUUCAUCUCAGUAAUCAAGGACAAACGAGGCAGCCAUGACCACUCCUUUAUUUGGCAGGAAAACACUAGGGACGGGUGAGGAUGGAGUUCGGAACAAAAUAAGCCAAGACUACCUAACCUUUGAGCCGGAGUUCGAGGAUGCGACUGACACAUGGUAAUGCAUGUUCUGGGGCCCCCAGGUUUCUUUACGGGGUAUGCGGUUCAUCCUAAGGCAUCUCAAGUUUGACAAUCCCUGGUCCCUUGUGUGUACUGUUAAAACAUUGCAUCCUGAACGACACAGAGCAGAUCGACUUGAAUCUAUGCUUCACAGCUGAAAGCAGAUGGUUGACAACGGAGUAGUGCCCUGUAUCUAAAUCUGAACGUCGCUCUCAGCCUUUAGUCCAUCAGAUCAUAAUGUUGAUAGGCUCGCCUAGACCCGACAAGCAUGCAGCAGACAAAAGGAAAGAUG